AUCGAUUUAUUACCAUUAUCAUCUCUAUGCACAAAUAUGUUAAAUAAUAAUAAUAAUAAUCGGGAGCCUGUCAUAAUUUGUUAAAUAAAAAUGCCGACGACACGAAAACCCACUUUUGUGUCCCGCAACCUAGUGGCUAUUGUCAUGAUACCCAGCCUGAUUGCCGUGCACUUCGGCUGGGCGAUUUUACAAGAUAAUCGAAAGCUGGUGACCGCCGAGGAACAAAUUGAUUUGCCUCCCGUUACGUUUGCUAAAUUUGCGUGGAAGCGACUGACGGGCGAUCAUGGCGUCGUUGCGGAGAAGAGCGACUCGAAAUGAGCGCGUGAAUUGUAAAUUGUAUUCGGGUUAAACUAGUUAAAAACUAUUUAUUGCAUUCAACUGAUGCAGUAAUUAGAUCUACAGUAAACUUUAAACGUUAAUAUACAAGCUAACACAAAAACAGACGACGUACAUACAAUACAUAUACAUAUAUGCUUAUGUAAAAUAAAAUUAAA